AUGAACUAUCGGCAAGAAGAAGUCCUCGAUGCACGCGCGGAUUCAUGUACAUGGAUACUUCAACACCAAAAUUAUCAGAAAUGGCUCACGGAUGAUCACGGCCUUCUCUGGAUCCAAGGAAAGCCAGGCUCUGGGAAGUCUACCCUGAUGAAAAGGAUCUUUCAGGUCUUUGGUAGGGAGAAUCGGAGCCCAAAGCGAAUCCAUCUUGCAUUCUUUUUCCACAGACGAGGUGUUCAGUUACAACACACUCCCCUGGGUAUGUUUCGGACGAUGCUACAUCAGUUAUUAAGUCAAGUCCCGUCGGCUAGCGCUGAUUUCCUAAGCCUCUGCGAAGAGAAGAGGAGAUUUCAAGGAGAUGUAAGUAGGGAAUGGGAAUGGCGUGAGCCGGAACUUCGCAGGGUCUUAAAGUCUUCUUUGGUCUCGGCAGCGAAGACCCAUUCCCUCGUGAUCUUUGUGGACGCACUUGAUGAAGCAGGCGAAGACUCAGCUCGGUCCAUCGUAAAAUAUCUCCACGAGGCCAAUGAAGAGCUGCUUCAAUCAAGGCAUGCCACGAGUAUCUGCUUUGCUUGUCGUCAUUACCCUAUCGUACGGACUCACGAGGGCAUUCAAAUCUGCGUCGAAGAUGAGAAUGUCAACGAUAUCUCAGCAUAUGCUCUUUCAGAACUCCGCCGACAGGUCCAUCCGAGAGACGAAAACUUAGGAUCCGAUCCUUUGAAUGAGAUGCAGGAACUAAUCUCAAACAAAGCGUCCGGGGUAUUCCUAUGGGUGUCUCUGGUUAUUCCAACAAUCGCAAAACAAUACAACGAAGGAAGAUCGUUGGAAGAAAUACUCGAGGGACUCGAAAAAGCCCCAUCGGAUCUCAAAACCAUUUACGAGCAUAUCCUCGGGCUUGUAGACCCCACAUUCAGAAGCCAGACAUUACAUUUGAUGGAAUGGAUUUGUCUCGCAGAGAGACCACUUUCUCCAACGGAGUUGCGCUUCGCCUUAGCCAUGGACGAUUCUUUGGUUACUCCCUACCAAGACUCUGCUCAAAAAUCUACAGGAUUUGUUAAAAGCGACAUGCAAAUGAAAGGUAUGACUGUUGGGUUGUCUGGAGGCCUAGCUGAAGUUAAACUUCACCGCGAAAGACACCGCGGAAUGGAAACCGAAGUACAAAUUGUUCAAUUCAUCCACCAAUCGGUGAAUGACUUCCUGCUCAAGGAUGGCUUUGCAUGGCUUGACAAGAAUUUCACUGGAAAUGCCAUCGGCAGAGGACACGAUCGACUCACCAAAUCUUGCAUCAACUACCUGAAGCUUGGAGAAGUUGAAAGAGCAGCGAGUUCAAGCUCACUGGUGGAGUCGCCACUAGAAGCAGAUCUGCCUUUUCUAGGAUACUCAACUAGGUCUUGGUUCUUGCAUGCACAAAAGGCAGAAAGUUGGAAUAUUCCCCAAAGCGACCUUAUUCAGCGAUUCCAAUGGCCGACUGCGCAGUACUUCCCAAAUUGGAUCAAGCUCUCCAGAACUCUCAAGCACUAUAAUAACAGAUGUCCACAAGAAAAGACAACAUUAAUGCAUGUGGCGGCCGCAUCAAAUCUGGAGAGCAUAGUUGUAGCAUUAUUGGAUUCAGAUACGUCUUCGGAAGCGAAAGAUGCGGAGGGCAAUACAGCCUUGCAUGAUGCUGCUCGUUGGGGACACAAGAAAAUAGUGGGUAGGCUACUUGAAGCAGGCGCUGAUGCAAAUGCAAGAACCGACGCACAAGCUACUCCACUGGAGCGCGCGGGAGCUGGUGGCCAUGCGGAAGUAGUAAAGCUGCUGCUGGGAAAUGGUGCAGAUGUGAAU